AGCCGCCGCAGGCGGUGUCGUGAGAAUGGCGUGGAUUCAAAGUUAUCAGGACCUGAGUUGUGCCGCAGCGCUCGCGCCUAGGCUUAUUGUGUGCCAUGCCUGCACACUACACACCCCUACCAACGCAGCAGUCAUGCCGAGAUACUGAUCGUGAACUCAACGACGCCUUUGAGUCCGACGGCGAUGAUGAUGAAUACAACGAACGUGCACCACUGAAUCGUGCUAAUUCCCUUUCCUCCGCCGCAGAUCCCCCCAAAAGCACGUCAGGUAGUACAACAAUUCCUGGAGCGUACGACUUUGAGCGGAACUACGAUUAUGACCGCCCUCCCCCCGGUUCUCCUCCGCGCCCUCUAGCUACUACUUUGCCCAAUGACAUAGGGAAUUCAAACGGCGAAUUACCGACCUCCCCGUUGGGGACGACAUUGCCUCGUCCAUCAUUCCUGCGUAGGGCAGUUGGAGCCAUCUUACCCACCCACUACGUGCGCAUACCAACUACUGAAACGCCCGCUGGGGUGAGGGGCGGAGGGACGCAGAAUGAUGGAGUCUUCUCAAAUGUUGUUGCGAUAUCUGCCUCCUCAGCGCCGAUCCAAGCUGAGGAUGGCAGUAUCUACAUGGUGCCUGAGGAGACGCAGAGCACUGCUCCACCUUCUUAUGCGGCAGCCCAGGCAGAUGCUGUUCCCCCGUAUUGGGAUACAAUUGUGCAUGCUCCUGCAGGAAUGGACACCGAUUCUGGGAUGAUCGUCGGCGAUCUUCCCUCAGGCUCCAUCCUCGCAUUCGUUUCGAACCUCUUCGUAUCAUUUUUCUUCCAGUUUAUCGGCUUCCUCCUCACGUACCUCCUGCAUACUACGCACGCUGCAAAGUUCGGCUCGAGAGCUGGCCUUGGACUGACAUUGAUCCAAUAUGGCUUCUACUCUCGUUCCGUAACGGAUAACAUGCUUCCUGCGCCUGACGGCAACGGUCCUGCUGAUGACCUUAUGCCGCCUUCAUCUUCCGCUCCCAUGCCUCAGGACAACAACAUUGUUCUCAAGGUGUCUUCACGGGAGUGGCUAUCAUUCCUCUUAAUGACUCUCGGUUGGUUCUUGCUACUUUCCUCUUUCGUCGGUUUUUGGCGUGUGAAGAACUGGGAGUCAGCCAUCCGCGCCUCAAAUGCACAUGAACCCCAAUCACCCGAGGAUAUCGCUCGUGACAUCGCGACGAGGCGAAACCUUGAGCAGGCGUUUGAUAUUUUGCCCCCUGAAGAAAAUGAGCACACGUCUCUCGGCUCUACAUUCGCAGUUCCGACACAACAGGAACUUACAGACGCAGAUUUGCGGGCCAAUUUGAGGGCCGCAAAUCUGUUGUGAUGAUACUGUGGUACUGUAUAACAUAUUAUUUUGAUUUGACUUUGGCAUUGGGAGUAUAUGUUUUGUCUCCUUGUUCUCCUUGUGAUACCUAGUUACUGUGCCUAAUCGAUUAUUUGAAGUACGUUGUAAUUUACA